AUGGUGUCGAAGGACAUGCACUGUCUAUACCCGGGCGACCUCUACCCGUUCCUGCGGCGCCCGGUGUUCCUAAUCGUCGACAGCGACAACAGCACCGCCUUCCAGCACAUGCCCCGCUUCUUCGGGCAGCCGCUGGUUGCGCUGAUGUCACCCGAGGAGUGUCCGCCGCCUUUCCACGACCAGCAGCACAAGGGCUCACUGUUCACGCUCUUCAUGCACUGCCCGCUCACCGCCGUCUGUCUCGUCUCCAAUAUCAUCGAACUGUCCGUUCAGUUGUGGGAAAAGGGUCAGCAACAGAUCGACCGGUUCCUGGCCGAGGCCGGCCGGCUACUAGUCCGGGCCAGGAGUGUCGACCCGGCGUACCUCCAGUUCUACGGCGACGACUUCCUGAGGCUACAGAUCCUGCGCUUCAUAUUCUGUUCGGUUGUCAUGAAAAUGCAUCGACUCUUCAAAGGUCGGCGCACGUAUAUCCCGAAGUCUCAUCCGCCGAUACCGGACAACGAGAUCAUAGACUCGCCAUCCCUGCGGCGACUCAUACUGGAAACGGCUGUCAUUCUGGACAUCCGGUCCCUGUUCGCCGACUCGGAGGACGAAUGACAUACAGUCGCUGUUGACAUGAUGUUUACGCUGGCGUAGAGGCACUACCGGUACUAACAAACUAUACAAACAAACAAACAACAAAACAAUAGCCCCGAACACCCGCCCCCGGACUCACACGGAUACAAUAUACCACAC